AUGUCGCUGUCGAUAGGCCAUGCAAUAUGGGUUGCUUUGAAGCCGGUUAUUAAAAUUUAUUUGAUUAUUGCCGUUGGGUACAUGCUGGGCAGGUUUAAUAUUUUAACUGUAGAAGCCACAAGGGCUCUUUCGGAUAUUUCAUUGAUGGUGCUCACGCCUUUUCUAGCCUUCAAUAAUAUUGUUGGGAGUAUUCAGGGUAGUGAUAUCAAGUUAGUGGGGCUUCUUGGUUUGACGGUCACGGUAUUGUUUGCCUGUGGGCUCGUAUUUGGUCUAGCUUUCAGGAAGUUUCUUCCUGUUUCUAAACAGUGGAGAGGAGGACUUCUUGCAGCGACCAUAUUUCCUAAUAUAAGUGAUAUUCCAAUUGCAUAUUUGCAAACUUUGGUGGAUACUGGUACUUUCACGGCAGAAGAAGGAAAUAAAGGGGUAGCCAACUCUGUGAUUACUUUAAUGUUCCUUUUGUUGUAUGUCUUUAAUCUUGGUGGGUUCCGUUUGAUAGAACAGGAUUUCAGAUAUAAAGAUAUUGAAAAUUGCGAUGUAGAUUACGACAAAGAAAAGAAGUUGUCCGCAGCCCAAUCUUAUGAUACUCUUCAAGAGGCACACCAUGUAUUAGAGGUGGUGCCCGAAAUAGGGGAUGUAAACUCGGCAGUUCUAAGCUCUAGUUCAAAAGUGGAUGCUUAUUCUUUACCAUCAAACCCUACCACAUCUGCAUUCUCUCUAAAUGGGAGUGUAUCACAAGAGGUUGAAGCUCCAAGAGGGGAAACUCCUAUACAAUUGAUAUCGGAGAAAGCUACAAGAUCAACUAUGGGUUCUGAUGCUGCCCAGGGGUUCAGAAGAAAUUCUUUAGCCACUCUUCGAUCAAUUGAUUUGCGUGCGCUGCCCCCUCAGGGAUUGGAUGAAUUAAUUAGGGAAUAUUCCAAUGUCGAUCAAUAUGGAAGGCAGUAUUCCAUUCAGGAAGAAUUUCCUCCUACUCAGGCACAAACAGCACAGCUUAGAAUGCAGUCUUCACUCCGCCGAAUAAUGACCUCCGAUGCCACUGUAAAUAACGAAGAUAUUAAAGUUUCGGGAUCGACAUUACCGUCAUGGCUUUAUAAGUUUUCACUGACCACACAAAUAGUGUUUUUCCUAAAAAACUGUUUAAGGCCAUGUGCAUUUUUUGUGAUUGUAUCGCUUAUUGUUGCAUUCGUUCCUUGGCUAAAGGCAUUAUUUGUUAAAACGCCCAACGUUAACUCGAUAAAACAAGCACCAGAUAAUUUGCCCCCUCUAAACUUUGUAAUGGAUCUCACAGGAUUUGCUGGUCCCGCAUGUGUUCCUUAUGCACUUAUGAUGGUAGGAGCCACUUUCGCAAGAAUAAAGAUAAGAAAAUUACAUCCGGGGCUUUGGAAAACCGCAGUAGCUAUGGUUUUUGUGAAACAGUUUAUCUUUCCAAUCAUCGGAAUCUUGUGGUGCCAUCUUCUUAUUAAAGCUGGAUUGGCAAAUUGGCAAGAUGAUAAGAUGCUACUAUUUAACAUCGCUCUACUCUGGACCUUACCAACCAUGUCGAUGCUCAUAAACCUUACAGCAAGUUUUACACCUUUAGAAAGCCAAGAGACUGUACAACUAGAUUGUUGUGCUUUUUUUUAG